GGAGGAGCCCUUUGCAGACCAGGCGGGGCUUCUCCAUCCGCGGAGGCGGCCGUGAUCAUGGCUGCGGAAGGGGAAGGCAAGACUUGUCCGGGACCCCAGGCAGGGAAUGGAAGUGUACUCUGGAAAGAGCACUUGAAGUUCCCUGUGAGCAAGAACAACUUUGGAGGAUAGCCUGUGUGGACUGCUGGAGGCGCUGAACCUUUCUCCCCACUUAAGCAGAGCUUCGCAUUUGGCCGAUGUUCUCUGGGCCCAGACAACCAGCUGUUGUUUUGGGGCCUCAAGAUGGCCUCCCUCGCAAGUGUCCAGAAUUUGGAGAAUGCUGACGGUGUCGCCGCUUCUGCUUCUCUCCUGGAGGAGAAGCCCAAAAGCAAAGGGUUUUUCAAGCUCGGCUCCUUCUUCCAUUCCCGGAACGAGAAGUACGUCAUCACCAGGAGCGAAAGCGUCCCGGAGGAGAACGUUUUGAAGAUCACCAUCACCGAAACCACUGUCAUUGAGUCGGACCUGGGCAUCUGGAACUCCCAUGCACUCAUCUACCUCACCUUGUGGUUUUUCUUCAGCUUUUGCACACUUUUUCUUAACAAGUACAUCCUUUCACUGCUGGAAGGGGAGCCGAGCAUGCUGGGCGCCGUUCAGAUGCUGUCUACCACUUUCAUCGGCUGUGUCAAAAUGUUUGUCCCUUGCUGCCUCUACCAACACAAGACCCGCGUCUCAUACCCUCCCAACUUCCUCAUGAUUAUGUUGUUUGUCGGGCUGAUGAGGUUUGCAACUGUGGUCUUGGGCCUAGUCAGUCUGAAAAACGUAGCUGUCUCCUUUGCUGAGACAGUGAAAAGCUCCGCCCCCAUUUUUACCGUCAUCAUGUCCCGCAUGAUUUUAGGAGAGUACACAGGAUUGCUCGUAAACCUGUCUCUUCUCCCCGUCAUGGGAGGGCUCGCUUUGUGCACUGCGACGGAGCUGAGCUUCAACGUCCUAGGCUUCUCGGCAGCUUUGUCUACAAACAUCAUGGACUGCUUGCAGAACGUUUUCUCCAAAAAACUGCUCAGCGGAGACAAGUAUCGCUUCUCCGCUCCUGAGCUUCAGUUCUACACCAGUGCAGCCGCAGUGAUCAUGCUGAUUCCAGCUUGGAUCUUUUUCAUGGACGUGCCAGUAAUUGGGAGAAGCGGGAAGAGCUUCCAGUACAACCAGGACGUCGUCGUGCUGCUUCUGAUAGACGGAGUGCUGUUUCAUCUCCAAAGUGUUACGGCCUAUGCCUUGAUGGGGAAGAUUUCCCCUGUGACUUUCAGCGUUGCCAGCACAGUGAAGCACGCCCUGUCCAUCUGGCUGAGCAUCAUUGUGUUUGGCAACAAGAUCACCAGCCUCUCAGCCAUCGGGACUGUCCUGGUGACGAUUGGGGUUCUGCUCUAUAACAAGGCCAAGCAGCACCAGCAAGAGACCAUUCAGAGCCUGGCAGCAGCUUCUCCCCAGGCUUCCCAGAGCUUGAACGAAGACACCGAACCACUGAUUCCCAAGGACUUGAAGCCCUACGAAUGAGGCCACCCUCUGUCCCUCUGCCACAACUUUGCUGCAGAGAAGCAUGGGGUGUUUUUAUUGGGGGUGGGGUGUCAAGUAUACAAUCCCAGCGAUUAACGGGGCUGUGGGCACUUGCUGGGGGCAAGGCCCUUUUUCUGCGGUUGAGAAAAAUGAAUUGCACGUCAACAUACACAGAGAGAGAGAGAGCUCUUUGGGAAGUGGAUGUAUAGAAUGGAAACGUAUGGACUUUGGACUCUGUCUAAAGAGCGUGCAAAUGUCAGGCGGUUGCUCGGGGCCCAGCCUCCACCAAAGCAAUGUGAAAUACAGCAAGUUUCCCCAUCGUCGGCACAGCGCCGCCGACCCAUCUCAUCCGCUGCAGAGACUUGAGCUGAAAUAUCUGUGUUUCGAAAAGACUAUGAAGCAACGGUCAGUUGGGAUAGGGGAAGGUCAGCCACCACUUCAGCCCAAAAGCCCAGGACGGUCAAGAGCGUUGUUUUCUGGAGAUUCAAAACCAGCAAAAGGUGGACCGGUUUGGGGCUGUGGGGAUUCUUAACCACUAGCAUGUUGCGUGACAGAUGUGCACCCCAUCAUCCCCGAGCCCCAAACACACAAUGGACUGAAAAGGGGGGAUACCACUAUCUCACUUUCUCUUAUUGGCAAAACCCUCCAGAGACCUUUCAGCCAUCAAAGAGAUGAUAUCAUCAGUUCUGAUAGCAAUCCUCCACACCCACACCCACACACACACACACACACACACACAAUUUUGGUAGCCAUCUUCUUUUACACACACACACACACACACCCCAAGUUUAAUUUCUAGGUGCCUUCCGAAGUGAAAUGUACGUUAUUAAAAGCAUGGCUGGGAAAUAUUUUGCACUAGAGGUCAGGUAAGUGGGCAGCUUUGAACGUCUUAUCUCACCCCACCUUCAGUUUUGAGACUGUGUAGGUAGGCAAUAAAUAACAGACUCUUGGAAAAUGUGGGGAUACCAGCUUGAUACACAUAGCAAAGCUUGCUUCUGAGAAUUAUGAACUGGGAACCAAAGGAAGGAGAAGCAGGGUCCCUUUUGUUUUAAACGGAAGAAAGAAAAAUAAGGGGAAAAUGGCAGAGGUGUUCCUACCUUCUCAUGAGGUUUCAGGUUAGUUCACAAGGUUGUAACAGCGGGGUGGGGGGGUGGGACACUGGGGUUUUCCAGUUCUGUUCUGGGUCAAUGGCUGUAGUCCACAACUAGCACAGCCAGAAAUUAGCAUUGAGAAGGAAGCAGAGGCUGGUGGGUUGUAGCCCCUGCUUGCCCUACUUAGAGGAGACCCACCAAAGUUAAUAAGCAGGACUCGCUUAUUUCACUGAGUCUUCUCUGAGUAGAGCUAAAGUUGGAUGCAGCCCAUAGGAGCAAAGGAAGCUGAUUCAUACUGUGUCGGCUCAGUGUUGUCUGCACUGACCGGCAGCAAUUCCAGUGUUUCAGACAGGACUGUUCCCAGCCUUACCUGGAGAUUCCAGGGGUUGAACCUUCGGCAUGCAAAACAGAUGCUGUAACACCUGAGCUGCAUCCUUCCAGGUAGAAGGUGACAGGACAGACUCUCUGCCUGCGAACUCACAAGUAGACAGCAGCAAGCCAGCAUAGACAGUGGUCUAAGAUUUGGCAUGAUUUUGAGUAGGUUUGCAUGAAAUUUUGUACACCGCCUUGCAAGGACAAUUGCACCCUAAAAGGCAUUUUAUAAGUUAUAUAUGGUGCCAUCCUAAUGAUGUCUACUCAGAAGUAAGCCUUCCUUAAUUCAGUGGGGCUUCUUCCCAGGUAGGCACGGUAUAGGACAGCAGCCUGUAAGAAUGAAUUAAAAUAGGUCUUUGCUAUCUAUGUUUUGUGCUGGAUAGAACGGGAAAGAGGGAGAGAGCCCAUAAGCUAGGACCUCCCUGGCCCACAGAGAUGUGGUUGCAAAUGGUAAACAGGCUUAACUUUAGGGUUGCGCUGCCCAAUACUGUUUAGUAUUGUGUUACAUUUCAGCAGGGACACCUGCCCUUUUGCAAAAAAAGCAAAAAGAAAA